UGCUGCUCAGUGUUUUGGAAUCUAAGGACUGCUUUCAAUUGGUGUCUCCUAUGAUAGGUAUAUAGUCGGAGGUUAGUGUAAGUGUGCGUCAAUUGUCUACUCUAAUGAAUUUUGGUACUCCGUCUCCCUCGAAACCACCAAAAAAGAAAAAAACAGAAAACCAAAUCACAAGUCAAGAUGGCUGCCGCUCAGGGACAGGGACAGGGACAAGGACAAGCACAGUGCCAAGGUACGACUCCCAUUUCUAAUCCAUCAUGUAGUCCCAUGCAGCAUAUUAUUCAAGUCGGCAACGAAACAUACCACCAAAUGCAGCCGAUGCAACAUAUACAACCUAUGCAGCAAGCUAUGCAGUGCUCUACAUCAUUUCAAAACCACCCUAACUCAACCUAUUCGAACACUCCGAACACUUCCCAUAUCCCCCCACCGUGGGCCCAAGAUAUUUCCCUACAAAUUCAGAGUGUACAUAAAAAACUUGAAAAGCUUGAUUCCAUUGAAACUUCUCUCUCCCGCAUGCAGGGCGAACUUAAUAGUUUGAGCACCCGUGUCUUAGAAGUAGAGAAAAGUCAACAAUUUAUUUCAAACUCUUACGAUGAAAGUACAAAAACCAAUGCUAUAGCCCUUAAUGAGCUUGACAAUCUCAAAACUUCACUUGAAGACUCAAUAAGAGCCAACAAUCAGUUAAGCGAGGAAAUUCUUGACCUCCAGUGCCGAUCUAUGCGGGAUAAUCUGUUGUUCUACGGGGUGGCUGAGGCCCAAAGGGGGGAAAUGGAAGACUGUGAAAAAAUUGUUCUUGAUAUAUGUCGUUCUUCUCUGAAUAUAACAGAUGAUGUUCUAAUUGAAAGAGCUCACAGAAUCGGCAGACCCAAUGACAAUCGACCACGCCCUAUCGUAGCCAAGUUCUCCAGAUUUCCUCAACGCGAGGUCGUCAGAAAGUCGGCAUUCAAGCUCAAAGGUGCUAAUAUCUCGAUUGGUGAACAAUUCCCUAAAAUCAUCCAAGAGAGAAGAAAGAAACUGCUUCCAGUGAUGAAGGAGGCAAAAGAUAGGCAGCGAAAAGCGGUCCUUAUAAAGGAUAAGCUCUUUAUUGAUGGGAAACCAUACCACCCUCCAGCAACGGAAGCUGACCACUUGGACGCACCGGUACCGGCGCAGGGAGCUGAGGGCCAUAGCUCUCCAGGCGGACGCUGGGAGAGAAGGGAUACGAGAGGUGGCGGAAGGGGACGCAGGACUCGCUAAGGAGGUCAGGAGAACAACCUAAAGGGCCUAAAAAUCAUAGGAUGGAAUAUCCACGGAGGCUUUGAAAAUAAAUGGAAAGAAAGAAACUUUAAGAACUUUUUGUGUACGUACGACAUAAUUUGUCUGUCCGAGUGUUGGAUCGACAAGGAAUUCACAAUGGACGAUCCAGAUUAUAAAGCAUAUAUCUUCCCUAGGAAAUCCAAAUCAACACAGGGAGGAGGCUCAAUUAUUCUGAUAAAAACUGAAUAUACCCCGUAUAUAUCUGUUGUUGAAUCCUUAUAUGAUACCAUAAUAUGGCUUAAGCUAAGCAAAAGUCUUGUAAAACUUCAGAAAGAUUUGUUUAUAGCCUUUACAUAUUUACCUCCUAGUAACUCUGUGUUUUUUAAAGAAAAUGAUGUAGAUUUAUUUUUUGAAUUAGAAAAACAUUUAUGUAAGUAUAUGGAUUUUGGUUAUGUGUUUCUAUUUGGGGAUUUUAACAGUAGAACAAGAAAUAAGCCUGAUUACAUUGAAAAUGAUGCUGUUCAUGAUUCUGUUUCCGUGUUGUCGUAUUCAAAUGACGAUCAGCUGACUGAGCGGAUCAACCCAGAUGUAGGUCACAACGAGUAUGGAACACGGCUAUUGUCCCUAUGUAAGGCCACAGGCGUGCGCAUUGUGAACGGGCGACACAAAGGAGGCUAUUCGAAUGACUUUACUUUUAACGGUGCGCGUGGACUAAGCACUAUUGACUAUCUCUUAACAACAUCUGACAUGUUUGACACCAUUAGUAAAUAUAUCGUUGGCAAUUUUACAAUGUUUUCUGAUCAUGCUCCACUACAUAUUGAACUUCAUUGCUUUUUGGAUGCAUACAAUAUUGUAAACAAUGAUUUUUUAAGAUCCCGUGAUGUUUUUAAAUGGGAUCCUUGCUAUUUAGAUCUGUGUAAAGAAUCACUUUUUGCAUGUGAAAAUAUCAGCAAUACCGUAAAUUUUGAGUGUAUUACGUCACAAGGCGAACUUGACGAACGUCUACAAAUACUCGUUAAUUUGUUAGACUCCUCUUUUGGCCAACAUUUUAAGCUUCAAUCCAAAAAUCCGAAACAAACAAAUACAGUACGCAGUACCCAUAGACGUACAGUAUACCUAUCGGUUGACGAUAAGCCCUGGUUUGAUGGGAAAUUAAAAUCUUUGUAUAAGGAUUAUGUUGUCGCGUUGCGCAAAUUUAACAGUUAUAAAUGUAAUUCUAACCAUGCGGAUCUUUUAAGUAAAAAACGUAUCUACAAAAAACACGAAGCCAAAGCCAAACGUAUCUACAAAAAUACUGAAGGUGACCAAUUAUCUUUGUUAAAACAAAACAACCCAAAACAAUUUUUCGCCAAAUUUAAGAAAAGGUC